CUGGAUGGAUGGCAACAACCAAGGCAGCGCUUGAGAACCUCGUACGCGAUGGCGAGGCGGCCGACGUGACGGUGCACGGCCAACUGUCCCGCAAGAGACUCCUCUCACGUGGCCUCAUCUUUGGCGACCUUCUGCUCUCCGACAACACGCUCUUGAACUUUAUGGUGCGAGCGAUGGACGGUUGGCUGACCAAGGAGCAGGUCGUGGCGCUCAAGUUUGCCAUGCAUCUUGGUGACAUGGUGGCUGCGCGAGGGCGACUAGAGCGAAGCGCCGACUCGAACGAGCUCUUGUUCGUGUUGGUUGAGUGUGCGACAACCGUUAGUUGGGACAGCCUGCACCCUGGAACCCCCUAUACAUGCGACCAAUCGACCUUUUUCACCAGCGCCGACAACGGAUCGUCGCAGACCAAUAUGGUGCAGCUGCAAGGCAUGAACGCGUGCAAGUACUACUUCAACAAUGCUUCGUGUGUGCGAGGCCAUGCCUGCCAGUUCUUUCACGGAAAGCCCGAAGAGUACAACGAUCUCCGAAAAGAGUGGCUAGCUAAGCGCCUGCAACUCAAGCGCGCGGUGUCGGCCAUUCCAGGCGACCAGCAUGAUCCGAACGAGAAGAAGCUCAAGAGUGCUCGGGCCAAGCUCUUUACCGAGUGGCUCGUUGCUACGUUUGGCAAAGCAUUGCUGCGCCAGGGCAGUGGGGUGUUGGAUGUAGCCGGUGGUCGCGGAGACAUUGCGUACGAACUCUGGAUCACCCACAACGUCCCGUGCACCCUCGUGGAACCCCGGAUGCGGAAGCCCCGGAAAGAACACUUCAAGGCGCUCGCCGCCAACCCCCGCCUUACCUUACCUCCCCAAAUUCAAGCAUGCUUGGAUGCGAGCACAAUGGCGACACAUGGCCAGACGUUGGCCCAAGCGAGUCUCGUCGUCGGGAUGCACCCAGACGAAGCAACAGAAGCAAUCGUGGACAUGGCGCUGAGCAUGCAGAAACCAUUUGCAGUUGUUCCGUGCUGCGUCAUGAGUCGGCAAUUCCCGCACCGCCGACUCGACGGCGACCUCGUCGCCACUUACAACGUGUUUGUCAAGUACCUGCGGCGCAAGCACCCCCAAAUCCAAGCCACUUUUCUUCCGUUCGCCGGGAAGAACCAAGUGCUGUACAUGCUGCCGACACACUACCCAUGCACCUGAAGGACGGCUAGCACACAGCUUCGACCUGUUGCAAUCGCGACCGGCCAAAGGGACGGCCCUCUUUCAGUUGACGCCGUGUUGUAUAGCUCAGUCAAACGGGUUGGCUAACUUGUCGUCCAUGGCGACGUACACGCUCUUGAGCUGUGUCCAUGCGUUGGCAGCAGCUACGCCGUUUUCCCGCCCGAUGCCAGACUGCUUGGAUCCUCCCCACGGGAGCUCGACCGGCGCCAAAUUGUACGUGUUUAUCCAGGCUGUCCCGACGUUGAGUUUGUGAAGCACGCGAUGCGCGCGCUUCAAAUCGUUGGUGAAUACCCCCGCAGACAAGCCAAACGAUGUCGCGUUGGCGCGGUCGAUGACUUCGUCUUCUGUCUCGAACGGCAGCACGCACAGCACCAUGCCAAAAAUUUCUUCUUGAACGAUGCGCAUGCUGUCGGUGCAGUUGGUGAAGACGGCGGGAAGGAUGUAAUUGCCACGGGGGUCCACGGAGGCGUUGGCAGAUGGAGCGAUGCCGCCGUAGAAGAGCGUGGCCUUGUCCUGUUCGACGCCGAUGCGAAUGUACUCUUGGACUUUCGCGAGAUGCGCUGCGUGAAUCAUCGGGCCGACUUGAGACGAUUUGGCCAGCGGGGGACCGACACGGAGGUGCUGCGUGCGAGCAAUCAAUUUGCUCACGAACGCGUCGUGCAGCGACGCAUGCACAAACACCCGCGUGCCAUUCGAGCACACUUGGCCGUUGGAAUACCAGUUUGCAAGCAUGGCACCCGCCACCGCGUCGUCCAAGUUGGUAUCGUCAAACAGAAUGAGGGCCGACUUGCCGCCGAGUUCCAUCGUGACCGGCUUGAGCUGAGACGCACAUGACGCAUACACCUGCUUCCCCGUCGCCACGGACCCUGUGAACGACACUUUUCGCACAGCCUCGUGGUGGAUCAAGGUCGACCCGACUGCACCGCCACCCAACACUACGUUGAAGAGACCGGGGGGAAGCCCCGCCCUUGCGUAAACUUCGGCGAGUCGGAUGGCGGUCAGCGGCGUUUCUUCGGAUGGCUUGAAUACCAUAGCGUUGCCGAAUGCAAGGGCUGGCGCACUCUUCCACACCUACAGGUCGGUAGGUGAGUAGAUCGCGGUAUGGAGAAGCAUGGCGAACAGCGGAUUGAAGGGGAUAGUUCCAGGCGCCGAUCCCGGCAGUGACCCCGAACGGCUCGCGACGCGUGUACGCCCAGUUGGGAGUGUGGAAGUCCAUCAUCUGCCCGCCUAAUGUCGGUGCCAACCCCCCAAAGUACUCGAGGCAGUCUGUGGCGCUCAAGAUAUCGCCUUCCAUUUCCGAAAUGACGCGGCCGGUGUCCGUGCUCUCGAGGAUUUGAAUGUCCUUGGUCUCGUCGUGCAAGAUUGCGGCCGCUCGUCGAAGGAUUGCCCCUCGAGCCGCAGGUGACAGCGACGCCCACGCGGGCUGGGCCGACGCCGCACUCGCGACCGCGUCCGCAACUUGUCCCUCGUCGACGUCGUGGAACUCGAUCGCGGGAGCAUUCGUGCUCGGGUCAUACAGUGUCCUGGCCAUACCACGACCGCGCACGUGCUUGCCAUGGACGAACGACUUGACAUAACGGAUUGCCGCGCUGGUUGCCAUGGCUCGAUGCGAUCUUCCUUCUCCCGCGAAAGCGAAUUUGACGGUUUCAACCAAUCACACCAAAGGCACUCAAGCCGUCGGCCGCCUGGGCGACCUCAGCUUUGCAAGGAGACGGUAGCGCAUGCAAGGAAGGCAUGUCCAUGAUGGUAUGUUCCGAUGAUGGUACUUCAUCGACUGUUAGUUGAAACGCGACCUGGGACCGACAUGACUUGGAGACCCUAUGGACGGAAUCAGGACGAUGUGGCUCCCGAAAAACCUCGUGAGGGGUGUAUUGAACGAUGAACGAGGAGACGAAUCUAUCACUUACGCGGCACCGUGGGUUCCAUCAGGAACUGAACAUGGGUUGCCCUCGAUGGGCUUUUAUCUCUGACUGUCGAC